GACUCACCUCCCAGACUCACCUCCCACAGACUCACCUCCCAGUCUGUCUGCCACAGUCUCACCUCCAGCAGGAGCCUCCCUGUACUGGAAUUGCAGAUGUGAUAUACCUGGUUUAUCUUCUCUGUUUUCCUUAUGCUGGAAAAGUAGGUCCAUGAUGGACUUAAACCAAAAUAGUUUCUUAGCUUUGCCUGUGUGUGGUUCUGGGGAUGGCACCCAGGGCCUUGCACAUGCUGGUUAGGUGUUCGACCACUCAGUCUUUUUCAUCUCUAGCCCAUUUUUAGACAGGGUUUUGAGACAGGGUUUCUCUGCUUAGCCCUGGCUGUCCUGGGUCCACCUGCCUCUUUGCCUUCUCAGUGCUGUGGUUAAAAGCAUGCACCUCCACCCUAUUAACACCCCCAGAUAUCUUUAACUUAAUAUUUGGAGACAGGGUCUCACUAAAUUGCCCAGGCUGACUUUGAACUUGCAGUCCCACCUCAGCCUGCUGAGAAGCUGAGAUUACAGGCCCUCACCAGGACCUACUUUUAAAAAGUAGGUGCUAGGGCUCUGAGAUGGUAUGGGCAGAGGUACCCAGGCCAAGAUGACCAUCUGAAAUAGAUUCUGAUUCCUUGGACCUACAUGGUAAAAGGAAAGUACCAACUCUUACAAGAUGUCAUACACCCACACACUCAAAAAUAAAACAUAAUUAAAAAAAAUUUAAGGGCUGAGGAGAUGGCUCAGUGGUUAAGAGGACUGGCUGCUCUUCCACACGACCCAGGGUUAUUUCCCAUCACCCAUAGGGCUCACAUUUACCCGUAACUCCAGUCCCAGGAAAUCAAAAACCCUCUUCUAUCUCCCAAGGGCACCAGGCACAUACCUGGUGUACAGACAAAUAUGUAGGCAAUACACCUAUGCAUAUAAAAAAAAUUAAAAAAAAAUUAAGCUCCAAGGCAUAGAGGGGGCUCAGCAGUUAAAACUGUGUUCUCUUCAAUCAUGAAAAUGAGUUCAGAUUCCAGCACCCAUGUAACAAGAUGCAACUCUGCAGACGCCUGUGCUCCCAGCUCCAUGCAGAGCAGAGACAGACCCAGGUUUAGAGAGAGACCUUAUCUGAAAGAAAUAGGCGAAGUGAUAGGGGAGAGCACCCUCCCCCAACCUCUUUGCAGGUGCUCAGGUGCAUACACCUACUGGGACCCCCACAACAGAUAAUAUUCGAAAGAGUAAACCUAGCUCCUGGCGCAACCUGAGGCAGACAGGUCAUGUGACCACCCAUUCCAUAUCAGACUGUUCUAAAAUGUAAGACACUUAGAAAAAUAAAAGGCUGGGGAGUUGGCUCCAUGCGUAAGGCACUCAUCCAAGCAAGAGGACCUAACUGUGGAUCCAAGGGACACACAGGCUGGACAGGCGUAGCAUCCACCUGAAACCCAGGCACUCUGGAAGGCUGGUCAGGGGAGCCCUAGCGGAAUCAGUGAGGCCUGGGUUCAAUUGAGACUGCCUAGGCAGAUAGAGGAAGAUAUCCAGUGCCAGCUUCAGGUUUCUACAGGAAUGCACACAUACUGACACACGCAAAAUUAGCUUUAGCACCUCCCCCACCCCUUAAAGAGCAAAACAAAGGGCUUCCAGGUUAUAAAGAAUCUGGAAUGGAGACGGAUCAGUAUCCUAGAAAUCUUUCUUCACCCGAAAGCCCGCCCCCACACAAGAGGCCGGGCUUUUGGGCAAACCUGCUCCUUGGGAGGGGAGGUGGCAAAACCUGUUUGAAGAUGAGGUUACCUCCCUUCCACACCUCCUACCUCCUUAGAGGCAGAGCAACAGCUGACACAGAGAAGUAAAAAGUUUGGGGGCUGGGACCACGGCCUCCUAUCCUCCUCAAGUGCCCACAGAACACAGGACGACUCGUGAAGAUGGGAACCAGGCAAGAAACAGGAAAAGAGACAUUAGAAGAAGGGUAAGUGAGGCCUUGACCUGACUGGAGCCAGAGAGGGCAUUUCCUACCAGCCAGGCCUUCCCGGCUUCCUCAAAGAAGAGCAUGAAGAAAAGGAGUUAGCAGAGAAGGGACGGGGUAGUUUGGAACAGGGAAUGAAUAUAGCACAGAACCAAUUCUACAGUUUAAAGAAAAGUUUCUGUCUUAUGUGCAAUAGACCUCUCUGACUCUCUGUCUCUCUGUCUCUGCCUCUCUCUCUCUCUCUUUCUCUCUCUCUCUUUCUCUCGUCUAACUCCCAUCCCCUGGUUCUGCUUCCUGUGACUCUCCAUUCUCCCACUGUCCUUCUACCUGUCCCAUAGUUUCCAAGCACAGCAGAGGAAAGGCUGGGCUGAUGAGACACCAUCUGCUGCUGCUUCGCCCAGGGUUACCUGGCCAGGCUGUCCGGGUUCCAGCCAGUGGAGAUGUGGCUGCCUUUCACUCCUACAAUGUAGAUGAAGCCACUGCCAUGGAUUAGCUAGCUAGGCCGUCCCCUCUGCUAAGCUCAGCAGCAGAUGACCUGCUCUGCAGGUGGGAAGGGAAACGCCCGUACACAUGGACAUGGCCUCCGAGGCUUGUUCUUCACACCAGUGUCUGGCUGCCUUAGGAUACCGUCUAGUUUGUCUCAUGGUCUUUUCUUCUGGGGCAUUGACUCUCAGGGCUGAGGAGAAGGCAGGAGCCUCGGAACCAGGAGCAGCCCUGAGCCUUGGAGAGCUGGAGCUGAAGGAGGAGUGGCAAGAUGAAGAGUUUCCUAGAUUGCUUCCGGAGGAGGCUAGCCGGUCUGGAGACACUGAAGACGCUCAGAGGGGCUCACAGGCAGGUACCCCCAGCAGUCUGGCCCUGUGUGGUCAGCGCCCUAUGCGGAAGCGUCUUUCUGCCCCAGAAUUGCAGCUGAGUCUGACUGAGGGAGCAGGAGAAAAUGGAGCCUCUCCCUCCUGCUCUGCAUCUUCCUCUUCUGAUGCCAGCUUGGACUUGGAGGUAGACGAAUUGGAGACGCCUUCAGACUCCGAGCAGCUGGACAGUGGACACGAGUUUGAAUGGGAAGAUGAUUUGCCUCGCGCAGAGGGCCUGGGGGCCAGUGAGGCAGCUGAAAGGCUGGGCCGGGGCUGUGUGUGCGACGUGGCUGGAGAAGACGGCCACCGUUGGAGAGUGUUUCGAACAGGACGACGAGAGCAGCGAGUGGACAUGACCAUCAUCGAGCCCUAUAGGAAAGUCUUAUCUCACGGAGGUUACCAUGGCGAUGGCCUCAAUGCUGUCAUCCUCUUUGCUUCCUGCUAUCUACCCCGAAGCAGCAUCCCCAACUACACCUACGUCAUGGAACACCUAUUCAGGUAUAUGGUGGGAACUUUGGAGCUGCUGGUAGCUGAAAACUAUCUGCUUGUUCACUUGAGCGGAGGCACAAGCAGGGCCCAAGUGCCCCCUCUGAGCUGGAUCCGGCAGUGUUACCAUACCUUGGACAGGAGGCUUCGGAAAAACCUUCGAGCCCUGGUGGUCGUCCACGCUACGUGGUACGUGAAGGCCUUCCUGGCACUGGUUCGGCCCUUCAUCAGUUCCAAGUUUACACGAAAGAUCCGGUUUCUUGACAGCCUUGGGGAGCUGGCCCAGCUCAUCUCGCUAGAGCAAGUGCACAUACCUGAAGCUGUCAGACAGUUGGACCAAGAUCUUCAUGGCUCCAGAGGCACCUAACACAAAACGGGGCAGAGGGCCACGGAUCAGGCAAAGAUCAUGAUUGGUCGGCAUGAUGGAGCAAUGUAUCAUCUCAUCCUGAACGCCACUUCCACUGGAUCCUCAUUUCUCAGUGUGCUACCCACUUCUAGACACUGCCUUCAAGCUGGGAUUUAAGGGUGGGAACCUCAUAUAUGGGGCGGCUUGCAUUUCAGCUGUCCAAAAAGAAGGCUCUGAGUUUUAAUUCUGCUUUAGCUGUAAAAUGUGUGGGUCUCAUUUUUCUUCUCUGUAAUCAAAACUACCGGAAUCCUUCCCAGUUUUGUUGUUUUAGCAGUCUUUGAGGGGAGGUGGAUUGAAGGUAAAGAGGGCUUAACCAACAGCCACAGUCAGCAACAGCCUGCCGGCAGCCCAGGAGCCAGCUUGCAAAAUCUUGAAUAGCCAACAACCCCUUCUUAGUCAUCAGCUGCCUAUGAUCCUGAGAAUUGCUGUCAAAACCUGUGUUUUCACACUCCUUAGUAAAUUCAGACCUGUGGCCUUUAAUAAACUGUGAUGAGAGAUUUAA